AUGUCUUUAGUAUCGCAAGCGUUCGAGUCGAGCAAGAUUGUGCCCGAUGUCAUCCCGACACCGCCCUCUGGUAAUAUCGAGCUGAAGUACCCGAGCGGUGCAGUGGCUUCCCAGGGUAACGAGCUGACUCCGACGCAGGUGAAGGACCAGCCCAGCGUCUCCUAUGAAGCCGACCCCAGCGCCUUCUACACUCUCGUCUUUACCGACCCCGACAAUUACGACGGUCCUGAACCAGUGUACCGCGAGUGGCACCACUGGCUGGUUGGCAACAUUCCCGGCAGUGACGUCAGCAAAGGGGAGGUACUCUCGGGCUACAUCGGCUCCGGCCCACCAGAGGGCACUGGCAUCCACAGAUACGUCUACAUCCUCUACAAACAGCCAGGCAAACUGGACUUUGAUGAAAAGAGGCUGAAUAACAAGUCCAUCGACGGCCGUGCCGCCUUCUCCACGAAGAAGUUUGCAGAGAAGCACAACCUCGGAGCGCCUGUUGCUGGCAACUUCUACCGCGCGCAGUUUGACGACUUCGUCCCAUUACUGUACAAGAGCCUAGGCGUAUAA